UAAACAAAAGCGCGGUUCUGUGGAUUCGAGCUGAAAUCAGACAGCACAGGGCAGAGGAGCGAGAGGUAGACACAGCUUGUUGUGAUGCGGAGUCAGAAGAGGUUUCUCAGCCGCUGCCACUCUCUGAUAUUCAGUCAAACGUGAACUAUGCAAACCUGCGGAUGCUUCUGCCGGGGACGCCCCAUUCACUGCGCGGGUUUUAUACGAGCCCGCACAUCCUUCUGUGUAAAAACACUUUUUUAAAGUUUGUUUUUGAUCUAGAAGCCUGGUUAAUGGUGGAUGCUUGUUUUUCUGCACCAACGCUUUAGGUCGAUUUUGACGAUAACAUAUUUGACCUUUGGUCAGUCACGUGAUCUCCAUGUUUAAAACGCACACACACACAUUGUUUGGUCUCUGCUCCCUGGUUGCCUCACUGAAACGACAAGAUGAAGUUUUUGAAUCUUUUUGGACGAUUAAAGUCUGUGGUUAUUGGAAUGAUUCAUGUCAAAGCAUUACCAGGCACGCCCCUGGGGUGUAUGAAUAUGUCACAGAUCGUUGAGGAGGCAUGCAGGGAGGCAUCAAUCUACCGUGAUGCAGGGAUUGAUGGUCUGAUCAUCGAGAACAUGCACGACAUCCCUUACUCAUUCUCUGUGGGCCCUGAGGUGUGUGCCUGUAUGACCGCCGUGUGCACUGCUGUGAGAAGCGUCUGUCCGAUCCUGCCGCUCGGAGUCCAAAUACUGUCUUCUGCUAACCAGCAGGCAAUGGCCGUAGCUCUGGCUUCAGGAAUGGAUUUCAUCAGGGCGGAGGGUUUUGUCUUUUCUCACGUGGCUGAUGAGGGCCUCUUGAAUGCUUGUGCCGGAGAGUUACUGAGGUAUCGCAAACAGGUCGGAGCUGAGCAUGUGCAGAUCUUUACUGACAUCAAAAAGAAGCACAGCGCCCAUGCCCUGACAUCAGACGUGAGCAUUGAGGAGACGGCCCGUGCUGCAGAGUUCUUCCUCUCUGAUGGACUCGUCAUCACAGGAGUGGCCACUGGUGCAGAGGCUGACCCGCGUGAGCUCAAAGAGGUUUCCCAGUCUGUGAGAAUCCCAGUGCUGAUUGGUUCCGGAGUGACCUAUGACAACAUGGAGCGCUAUCUUGAUGCAAAUGGAAUGAUCAUUGGUUCUCAUUUCAAGGAGGGUGGCCGCUGGGCCAAUGCAGUCCACCCAGAGCAGGUGAAAAGGUUCAUGGGAAAGAUUUGUCGCCUUCGAAAAUGACAGGUCCUAUUAAAAAUGCUGAAUUCUAA